AAACAAGAAGGGCCACGUAAAUAAAAUCAAUCCAAACAAAGACAAUCCAAAGAGUAAAAACUAAAAAAAGAUCAGAUCUUUUGAGGCUUCGACGUUGCAGAAAGCCAGAAACAUGGGAGAAUCGGCCUGUCUUUUGCAACAACAACCAUUCUGCUAUGCUUCCGGCAUUUCCAACGAGGCCAACGAGAGCAACCUAAUUCAUGCAUUCGGGCAGUCAAUUUCAUUUGGGAGGUUUGGUUCGGAGUCUUUGGCUUGGGAGAGAUGGUCUACUUUCUCUCACAAUCGCUACGUCGAAGAGGCAGAGAGGUUUUCACGUCCUGGAUCAGUUGCAGAGAAGAAAGCUUUCUUUGAAGCUCAUUACAAGAAGCUCGCUGCUCAAAAGGCUGCUGCUUUGCUUGAACAAGCAAAUAAUGCUACGUCAAACAAUGCCACCAACCAAGAACACGACCAAACGGCUCAUCAGGCCACAAGUCCACCUCCUGAAGCAGUUCACUAUAAGAAACAAGAAGUUAAUGUUGUUGAUUCCAAGCCAAAUGCCACACCCAGCGAUUCACAUUCAAAUCUACGCGAUAAUAACAGAGUGGAAGAGUGCCCUCUUGUGACUAAUUCAAUUAAGGUUGAAUUACAAAACCAGCUUGAAGAUGUUGAUACCCAUAAGGACGCAAGUGAAAAGCACAGUGCUGAUUAUGAAGAUGAAGUUUUGGCACCGAUGAGCACCAAAAAACCGCCAGCCUUUUCCCUGAAGUCGUUCGAGUCCACUGAAACUUCCAAGUUCAGCUCGACACCUGCCAAACCUGUUUCUCAGAAAAACGAAAACAUUAUGGGUACCCCAGUGAGAAGCAACAAGCCAGCAUUAGGCUCGGUCGAUAAAAAGAAACCAACCGUUAAUGUCACACCCAUUGGCUCGGUUGACAAGAAGAGAUCAACCGUCAAAUUCACACUCAUUAGCUCGGUUGAUAAGAAAAGGCCAACCGUUAGUUUCACACCCAUUAGAGAACUCAAUAGAUUGACUGCAUCGGUCAUGAGGAAGUUUGAAGGUGCAAGAGUUUCCAAGGCUUCAAAGGAAAGUUCGACUCCCUUGAGAACCCCAACCAAGGCUUCGAAGAAUCAGUUGCCAAAGCAUUCUUCAGUGACCCCAUUGACAGAAAGGAAAAGGACCAAGACCCCUGUCGGUUCAUUAGCAUCGGGUAGUAAUACAGCUGGCUCCAAAUGGCGCUUGCUCUCUACAGAGAACAAGAUGAGAUCCCCGAUUAUAUCCUCCCCCUUCAGCUUGAGAACCGAAGAAAGGGCUGCCAGAAGAAAGAAGAAACUGGAAGAGAAGUUCAACGCCAAUGAGGAACAAAAGGUGCAGCUACAUGCAAAGCUAAAGGAGAAAGCAGAAACAGAAAUCAGAAGACUACGUCAGAGCUUUUGCUUUAAAGCCAGGCCACUACCUGAUUUUUACAAGGAAAGGAAAGAAUCGAAGAACGAGGCAAGCAAGUGCCAAUUGACGAACCCUGAGUCACCCAAACAAGGGAAAAAACUUACUCCCAGUAGGGUACGGAGAAAAUCCUCUGUGACUCCACAGAAAUCUACAGUGAAAAACAAUGGCACAAAGAAUUAUGUAGAAAAGAAUGGCCGAAGCUCCAACGAUCAUCUAACGUCAAAUCCCAGGAUGAGUGCGCAGGAGAAUGCACCGCCUAAUAUCCAGCAUGAAACCCCAUAUGACAGCAAUUGCCAAGAAUCCACACAACGGCUAGAGCAGGGCAUCACAAGAAAAUGUCGUAGAGCUUGGCAUAAAAUUUAGAUCACUAGAAUUAAAAAGCAAAAGAUGCUUGCAGAAGUGGAACGUACUAACGUACCAAUAUUAAAUCAUUGAUCAUGCAAAAUAGAAGUCUAUGGUCCUUCCAAUAGAAAACCACUUCAUUCUGUUUGUUUUUA